GACUGACUUUAACUCUAGGAGUUCAUACCAACAACUAUGCUAUUUGCAUAAAGACUUGAGGGUGGAGAGAAGACGUCUUCAGAAGUCUGGCGUGAUGGCAGUAAUCGUUACAAAUGCUGACUUUAAACCUCAGUGAAAGAUUGAUAUUCCGGCGAAUUUAUUUAGGGAUACAACUUAAUUCCAAGAGCCGGCGACAUGAAGACGGACGGUGCAUUUCGUCAGUUCUUUGGUCCACUGCACAGAUCUGUCUAUUUUAUCCUUACUUUCCCGAUCUUUUUCACAGCUUUUACAUUUUUCGUGGAUGUGUUUACGUUACACAUUGCGCCUUGCAGCGAGAAUAUAGCGACCAAGUCGUCGAACCAAACAGUGGACACUAAUGUUUUUAACAAAACAACAAGUUGGACGAGUAAUCACAGCGGCCUCACACGUCAGAGUCUCACGUGUCACGAGACGAAUCGUUUUGCUCACGGGCAAGCGACGUACAUGACGGGUUUGCUUAUCGGCUCUUUAUUCGGUGGCGCUGUAUCUGACAAGUAUGGAAAGAAAUUACUUCUAAUCUGCUGCUCAGCGGUUCUCGCAGUUGCUUCUCUUGUGGUGGCAUUUCUGCCGUAUGUGCCCGUGUACUUGACUGUCCGCGGCAUCAGUGGAGUAGCCGGCUGUGCCAUUCACAUGUGCACCUACAGUUUAGGGGUUGAAUGGAGCCUGCCCAAGUAUCGUAUCUGGCCACCCACCCUGUUUUCCUUCAUCUUCAGUCUGGGAAUGAUGGGAUUGGCGGCCGUAGCUUUCUUGGCCAGUGACUGGAUGCAGUUUCAUCUGGCACUGGGCAUCCCUCAGAUCCUCUUUCUACCUCUUUAUUUCUUUCUUCCAGAAUCUCCUAGAUGGCUGCUUCUGAAUAAGCGGAUGAAAACACUAGAGGACUAUCAGAAUAGGAGUCCUGAGGACAAGCAGUAUUUGAGUCUUCUUUUGGAUUCUCUGGACAAUGAAACACAAAAGCCGCUCUCAGAGAAGACCUCUGCUAAGGCAGAAUCGAAUUUCACCAACUUUACAUCACCUACUAUACUCCUGCGUCUGUUCAUCAUGAGUUAUAUUGGUUUUGCAUCUGCUCUAACGUAUUAUGGGAUCUGCUUCAGUGUGGGAAGUUUCGGUGUCAAUAUCUAUCUGGCGCAGUUUUUCUCUGGACUGUCAGAGGCUCCCUCUUUGCUUCUUCCAUUUCUGUUGAAGCGUUGGGGCCGCAGGCCAUUCAGCAUGGGGUCGCUGUUCCUCAGCGGCAUUUCCUGUAUGCUGUCCCUCCUUGUUUCUAAGUUCUGCGACAUACCUGCCCUUGUUAUGACUCUGGCACUGAUGGGCAAGCUGUGUAUGCAGUCCACCUACUGUGUCUCUGUGCUCUAUGGGAUUGAGCUGUUCCCAACUGUAAUAAGGCAGAAGUGCGUUGGCCUGGUUAGUCUUUGUUACCGAGUGGCCUGUAUUAUAAAUGCGGUAGUGAGCCCUGACGGCGGGAUCCCUCUGCCAGCUAUGAUCUGUUACAGCAGUGGGCCGAUCAUUGGUGCAGCCCUCUGCCUGCUUCUCCCAGAAACCAGCGGCAUCCCUUUACCAGAUACAGUGCAAGACUGUGAGAAACAGCCUAGACUGAAGCUCCCAUGCUGUGCACGUUGGCUGAUGAAGCCUAAAGAGGAGUUGGAUGUUUCUUUUACCAAGGAGAAGGAUGUGAAGAACCAAAGGGAAUGCAGUCCACUCUCAGCAUAAUCAACAAGAGCAACAUAGCAGAAAUUUUCAUUAUAUUUUUUUAUUCUAUUAUUCUGCAGAAAACUGAGGAAGAACUGAUGAUAUUUGAUGAUGAAUCGAAUAUUCAAGCUGUUUAUUAAUUUUUCCACCCCUGAACUAAAAACGGGGGAAAAAAAAUCAAGCUGAAUCCUUUUUUUUUUUAUUAAAAAUAAAAAGGGUCUGUUUUCUCAUUUUUUUUCGUCUUGCAAUAUUAAAUCAAAAAAUGACUUGAUACACAGAUUAUGAUACCGGAAUAUCUAACAAGAUUUCAUUUUAUACUGGAAACAUUCAGUGCUGCUAUUGUAGAUAUUUUUAUAUGAAUUCUUCAGUUCAUUCUUUAUGUUUUCUGCUUUUAAUAUAUAGUUUUUUUUAAAGAUUUCUUGAGAAAUUGAUUUUCUAACCUUUUGCUAUGCUCUUGGAUUUCCAAAGUAAAAAUUUUACAUUUACAAACACUUGGGGGCAAAGUCUUGUGUAAUUCAUAAUAAAAUAGACAGCAGGUUAAAUCAUUGUUUUGAACAGCUUGUGUAUACCAUGAAAAAAAAAACUUGUUUUUGUGUGGAAGGUCUUCAACUUAAAUUUAAUAUGCACCUUCUAUUUAAAUGCAUAUUAGAUAUUUAUUUGCAUUUACGCUUUCCAUUGCACAAAAUGUACUUUAGAUUAAAAUGUUUUUCACACUAAGGAAAGAAUAGUUUUAUUUUCUUGAUGUCUGUAUUCUGUUGUGUUUGCUGAAGCAAGAAUUGAAUGUAAUUAUGUGUCGUGAACUUUUCUACCAUUUCAUUACAUUUUUUCAAUCCAGCUGCUUUUUAAAAU